AAAAGUGGAUACGCUCUAUCCAGCGGUUCACAAUGGCGUCUGUUUACAAAUCCGACGCAGGGAUCUUGUUCUAGAAGUUACGCAGGAGUGAAGAAACAUGUCCAACAUCCACGUGGGUCUGCCGUACCCCGGGGGUGUGGUGGAUCACUCAAGUAAUCUGGCUCAUGACAUUGGUGCUCUGUACCUCAACGACGAGUACAGUGACGUAACCCUGCAAGUUAAUGGGCAGACUUUUCAUGCACACAAGGUCAUAUUGGCAGCCCGCAGCCAGUACUUCAGAGCUCUCCUGUUUGGUGGUCUUCGUGAAUCUCAUCAGACUGAAGUAGAGAUCAAAGACACAAAUUUAACAGCUUUUAAAGUCUUGCUAAAGUACAUAUACACUGGUUGGGUGAGCCUCAACUCAGAGAAGGAAGAAACUGUCUUAGAUAUCCUUGGGUUGGCUCACCAGUAUGGCUUUGAGGAUCUGGAAUCUGCCAUCUGUGACUACUUAAAAGACACACUUUGCAUUCUCAACAUUUGUGUGAUAUAUGACAUGGCUUCCCUUUACAAUCUCUCAAACCUGAAGGCUGUAUGUGAAGAUUUCAUGGACAAAAAUGCACUAUCCAUUCUCAACCAUGAGUCUUUCUAUUCCCUUUCACCGACUGCUCUAAAGGCAAUUAUAAGCCGUGAUUCCUUCUGUGCUCUUGAAGUCCACAUUUUCCAAGGAGUUCACGAGUGGGUGGAGCGGAACUCGGAUCUCUCACAGGAACAGAUACAAGACAUUCUCUCUCAAAUUCGUCUACCUCUUAUCAGUCUCACAGAUCUUCUGAAUGUGGUCAGACCAACAUCACUAAUUUCACCAGACCAAAUAUUGGAUGCAAUAAAGGCAAAAAAUGAAUCCAGAGACAUGGAUCUUCAGUAUCGUGGCUAUCUUAUGCCAGGGGAAAAUGUAGCGGUACCAAGCAAAGGUGCUCAAGUACUCCAGGGGGAAAUGCGUGCAAAUCUGUUAGAUGGCAACGUUUCUACAUAUGACUUGGACCGAGGUUUUACGAGACAUCCCAUUGAUGAUAACAAUGGUCAGGGUAUUUUGAUUAAAUUGGGAAUGCAGUGUAUUAUCAACCACAUGCGAAUGAUGCUCUGGGAUAAAGACCAAAGAGGGUAUUCAUACUACAUAGAGGUGUCAAUGGACCAGAAGGACUGGGUUCGUGUGAUUGAUCACACCCGCUACCACUGCCGGUCUUGGCAGUAUCUCUACUUCCCCGCAAGAGUAGUUCGAUAUAUAAGAAUUGUAGGCACCAACAACACUGUUAAUCGUGUUUUCCAUGUUGUCGCCUUUGAAGCCUAUUAUUCCAAACAAGAAGUUAAACUACACAAGGGAUUGAUUGUCCCUACCGAAAACGUUGCACUUGUUACUAAGAGUGCUUUAGUGAUAGAAGGAGUAAGCCGUGCACGCAAUAAUCUCCUGAAUGGAGACAUUCACCAUUAUGACUGGGAUUCCGGCUACACCUGUCAUCAGCUGGGAUCAGGGUCCAUAUGUGUCCAACUUGGCCAGCCUUAUUGGCUUUCAUCAUGCAAAUUGUUGCUUUGGGAUUGUGAUGACCGUUCCUACAGCUACUACAUUGAAGCUUCUGUCAACAUGAGAGACUGGGAGCUGAUUGUUGACAAGACCCGGGAAGCUUGCAGGUCUUGGCAAACUCUAACAUUUCCUCCAAGAGCUGUUGUUUACUUCAAAAUUGUUGGAACUUUUAACACAGCUAAUGAGGUAUUCCACUGUGUGCACUUUGAGACCCCUGCUCAAGUUGGAUCUGAGAACCGUCCUAGAAUAAUAAGAGUUGACCAUGCUGUUGCUCCAAUUAGACCACAUCAUGGAGAGGAAUCUGGAGGUGAUGCAGCUGCUCCGGAUGGACACAACAUGGGAAUGGAGCGUGCAGGUAGUAUAAAUGCACCAGAAGGGGCAGGUGAAGGAUUAGGUGCAGGUCGUGUUAGGGAAAGAUCUGCCUCCAGUUCAAGAGCAGAACCAGUGGAAGGACCAGUUGAUCAAGUGGAGGGGAAUGGCUUGAAUGUUGAAGGAGCAGGAGGUCUUGAUGUGGCAAACCCAGUUGAAGCUCACCAAGAUGAGGGGACAGACGAUGAAGAUAAAUAGUCAUCAAUAUUUCGUAUAGCUUUUAAUUGUGGCUUGCAAAUAUCCUUGAAUCUGGAAAAUCUUCAAAAGCGAAUAUUCACUUGGAAUAGUUAAUUGUGUAUUAAUGAAGAUGGAGAAACUGAAGAAAAAAAAUGUUUGCUUCAUUGCAGUCAAUAGGCUGUUCCAGUUGACCCAUCCCCAACACAAGUGUUAGGCUCCAGAAAAAGCUCAUAUGUGGUAAAUCUUAAUAUUUAUUAGAUACAAGGUGCAAUUUUCAUGUAAUUUAAUUUUACCGUUAAUACCCAUGUGUGUUGCAUAUCCUUUUUCCUUAUUGCAUCAUACUAACACAUCAUGCACAGUUAAUCAUGCUUCAAACACAGUCAUUGUGUGUCAGAGUGUCAGAGAAGCCAUACCACUCUUCCAUGGCCAAGUUGCAUGUUGGUUCAUAAACAUGGUUUACCUUUUCACAUUGUAUGUUCAUGGUUUAUAAACAGGUGAAUUCUUUUAUGUGUAUUUUUAAAGAUUGUAGACAUGAAAUCUAAAUGAUUUUAAAGUAGGAGGACUUUCAAAAAGCAUUUGAAAAUAACAGGCAUCACACAAGAUUAAACAAAGACAUUACAUUAUUUCCAUGUGAAACCUCAGGAUUGUUCUGUAGCAAAUAUAAACUAAACAGAACCAAAUAAUAAAAAUAAUACAAACCACAGUUUACUGCAUAGUUUCAUGUGUUUCUAUUUACUUUAUAUUUGUUUCAAAAUUGAGAAAAAGUGAAUAGGAUUUGAUAAAGAUGAAGUCCUUGACUUCUAAAGUGUAGCUACAUUAAGGUCAUUUAAAUUUGUUUUUGAUAUUUAACGUUAUUAUACAUGUGAAGUUCUAAUAAUAAAUAGGCAAUGGUAUAAACACCAUAUAAGAACCAGUCAGAAUCUGAACUAUAUAAGAGUAGAUGGUUUCUCUGUCAUUGUAGCAUACAGUGAGUAUUGUAAUUCUAAAACAUAAAAACUAAAAGAAUUUUUUUUAUUUUUUUAAAUUUUUUUAUGGCAUGCGAGCCUUUUCAUGCUCAAAAAUUUGUUGUACUACCAUCUCCUCGUUAUGCAGGUGUUUAAAUGUCACUUCUGCUCUCAGAACUAUUAACAAGAGAUCUUGUCUUGUUUGUUUACCUGUCACCUCAAAAUUCAAGGGCUUUUUUCAAUUUUUCAGUGUUCAUCUCUGAGAUAUUGUGCAGUACCUAAGACCCAAUCAUUAUCUUAUAUUUUUUCUUUGGUGGCUCAUUUGUGCGAAUGAUAAUGUUAUUCACCCUGUUCUGUUGUUAACAGUACACAAACUUAAGCCUCAGCAACGUUAUGCAAAUGUUACAUCGUUAGUAAAUAUUUUUUUAUUUUUAUUUUAUACCACUGUAUUUCUGGCAUAUGACAAGUACAAAAAAACAUGAGAGUAAGGAGACAAAGACUUGGUUGUGUAACCAAUUUGUAGCCUUUGAUGAACUCUUCACUGGUCACAAACAAAACAUUGGUUCUCAUGAUAGUGUACAUACAAAUGCAAAUACAAACAAGUACACACUGGGCAAAUAAACACGCACGCGCAC